ACCAAAAAAAUAGCUUUUAUAAGAGCGUCUCAAAAUGUUAGUUAAGAGGAAGGAGCCCUCUUACCAUACAUUUACAGUUUGACUUGGAUUGAAAGCAAGAACUUACUCAGAACAAUGGAGAGUGAAUUCAAGGUAUUACUGGAUGCAGAUGCCAGCACAGGGACAAGUGAUCGGACAUCCACUAGAAUCAAAACAUUUCAAAUGUCCAGACUUGCCUUGUCCCUGAUUUCUUUCACUCUCUGCCUUGCUACUGGUGGUGCUGUUUUCCUCUUCUCUAAUGCUCGUGUCAAGAGUGCAGUAUCAGACAAGGGAAACUCUGCUUUUCAUCACGCCUUAAGGCAAAUUUCAAACAGGGCAGCCAUUCAUCUAGAAGGAGUACACGACCCCGCCAUAAACACGUCAGUGAAGUGGAUGAGCAAAGUGGACCAGGCACACUCUCAAGGAGGUCUAGAGCUAAAAGACAAUGAGAUUCUGAUUCCUCAGAAUGGCCUCUACUUUGUUUACAGCCAGGCGUCGUUCAGAAUAAGCUGCAACAGCAAUGCUGAUGACCUUACUUCCAAUCACAUGAUCCAUCUGAGUCACACAGUGAAACGCUGGUCCAGAUCAUUUGGCUCUAAUGAUGAGAGGUCCUAUCAGACCCUCUUGCAUUCAGUUCGUACCGUGUGCCAGGGUACAGCCAGUAAGGAUCCAGACUCAGCUGGAAGCUUCUUCUCUGCAGUGUAUAUGGGAGCAGUAUUCGAUUUAAAGAGUGGGGACAGACUGAAGACUGUUAUGGAAGAGAAGAUGCUUGAGAAACUUGAGGAAGAUGCAGGGAAGACUUAUUUUGGUGUCUUUGCCUUGUAAAGAGAGCUUGCAGAGGGCAGUAAAUUUACAUGAACAUACAUGUGGUGGCAUGUAGCACCAGUACUGCUUAUUGUGGAAUGGACUCUGUUGCAUAGAACCAAAAGAAACUUGUUUUGUAAGUUUUACAUUUACAGAUCAACCAGUAAGUGAUUAGCAAUGUCUGAAAUGGUGGUCUGUAAUCCACCACAUCAGAGCUAUUUACUAAGAUAUGUCA